AUAUAUAACAAGUUGAUCACAAACAACUACAGAUAAAAAUGUUAAUGUACUGAUGAAAAAGACACGAAAUUAUGAAUAAAUUCAGUUGAUAAGUGUGAUCAAAAUAUGGAUAUUAUUUAGAAAUGAUGUUCCAAUGGAAUCAUUGCACUCAGUCAGCAUGGUGUGUAGAUUUUUAUCCUACACAGUCUUACAUAUAUACGAUGGAUGACGAAGCACUACAGGGACUGCAGUCACUGGCCAGUCGCAUAGAACAGACAAGGGCAUUACAGUAUUUUGAGCAGUUGAAAGCCUCAUCAGAUGGUUGGAAGCUGACAGCGCAGGCUCUCACAAGCGGAUCUUAUGAAGGCAAUGACCAUGUGAAGUUCUUCUGCCUGCAAGUGAUAGAGUAUUAUCUCAGAACAAGGUAUGGUGAAGGUAACCAAGAGGAACAUGCAUUGGUAAAAAACUUGAUAGCCAGGCUCCUUCAACUUCAGGGUCAGCGUCAAGACAAGAGUUUCCUGCGGAACAAAGUGUCACAGAUUAUCUCCCUUGCAUUUGUUAUUGACUAUCCAGUACGAUGGGUGCGGUUCUUCUCGGAUCUACUGCAGAGUUUAAGCAUUGGACACCUGGCUGUAGACAUGUACCUGAGAAUACUGCUUCAGAUUGACUCUGAGGUGGUUGACAGGGAAAUAGUUCACACACCACAGGAGACAGAUAGAAACACAAGAAUUAAGGAUGCAAUGAGGGAUCAUAGUGUGUUACAGUUGGCAGAAUCAUGGCUACAGAUUAUGAAUGAAUACAGCAGCACUCAACCAGAGAUAGUGUGUAUGUGUUUAGACGUGGUUGGUAAAUAUAUCUCCUGGAUAGACAUUGGUCUCAUAGCAAAUGAUAAGUUUGUACCAGUUAUAAUUCGCUUUAUGUCUAUGCCUCUGCUGAGGGAGAGUGCCUGUGACUGCAUACAUGAAAUCAUCAGCAAAGGAAUGGAUCCAGUCGCCAAAACAAAACUUGUUGAGUCAUUUACUGACGUGUUGGAGAAUGUAGGAGUACUCAACCUUUCAGAGGAUGAAGAUGGAGAUUUUCUGGCAAAGAUGGCAAAGUUAAUUAAUUGUAUGGGAGUACAGUUGAUUUCUUCCUGGCAAAAGUUGCUUAAGGUGGAUGCCCAGAAGGCAGGAGAAACUUUGGUAGCUGUAGAAAACAAGGUCAGCCUGCUGUUCCGUUUCCUUGGUGAUGAAGAUGAUGAUGUGUCAGGAGCAGUGGCUACAUUCACCACAGAUUAUAUAUCUCUGCUGAAACAGAUGGAUCCGAUUACUCCCAAACAGAGAGAAAAUAUUGAGGCUCUAUUGUACAUCCUUAUUAAGAAGAUGAAAUUUGACGAGUCGUACAAUUUUGAACAUGAGGGUGAGGAUGAAGCUAUGUUUAUGGAGUAUAGGAAACAGUUAAAGACAAUCUUCACCAAUCUUGCAUCGUUGGAUUCACAGCUAGUGUUGAUAACAGUUCACAAUAUAGUAACACAUACCCUGUCUCAGUGGAAGAACAUGGAGCUGAAGGAUAUAGAAGUGGCCAUCACACUGCUCUAUACACUUGCUGAGGCUCUGCCAAGUUCUCAAGGGCAGCACUUCACAGGGGAUGUAACCAAAGCAACUGCUUUACAAGAAAUGAUGAGAUUGUUGAUAACAAGCCGUGUAAGCUGCCAGGGUCAUAUGAUUGUUAUGAUUCAUUUCUUUGAGACUGUUGUAAGAUACGAGAAAUUCUUCCAGUGUGAACCUCAACAUGUCCCAGAUGUUUUAAUGGCUUUCAUGGAUGAGCGAGGUUUCCACCACAGAUCUUCCCAGGUCAGAAGUAGGGCCUCUUACCUAUUCUCAAGAUUUGUGAAGGGACUCAAAGGACAGAUCAAUAAUUACAUAGAUGAUAUCUUCAAGAGAAUUGGUGACCUGCUUGUACUGAAUACACCAGACAAUGGGUACCAGCAUCUCCUUAGUAAUGAUGAUCAGCUGUUUGUGUAUGAGACAGCAGGAAGUCUCAUUGUGUCCAGUAACUUCCCACCUGAGAAAAAGUCAGCAUUGAUGAAGCAAGUACUUGCUCCUAUAGCUGCCAAGUUUGCACUGCUGAUGGAGAAAAUGAUUGCAGAGAAAGAUGAAAACAAACAACUAGCAUAUGCACAAAGCAUUAAUAAUGCGAUGGCUUUAGCCAGCCGAGCUAGUAAAGGUUUUUCUAGCCAGCAGACGAUGCAGAACUGUGGUUGUGAGGGUGUAUUUGUCGAGUUGUUGCAGAUCUUUAUUCAGGCUGUUACUGUUCCGGUACAUCGGCAGCUGAUUCAUGUCGGUGUCAGACAGUACAUGCACCGUAUGGUUGUGUGUCUAGAGAAGGAGAUUUUACCUUUCGUUCCAGUUGUUCUAGAAAAUCUCCUCAAACAGCCAGAUGCCAGGGAACUGCAUGAUUUCAUUCCUUUAAUGAAUCAGAUGAUUAUGAAAUUUAAGAGUGCAAUAUCACCAUUCCUACAAGAGGUGUUCAUGCCAGUGGUCAGUACAAUAUUUCGUGUGCUAACCCAGCCUACUGAUGACCUUGACCAGGUUGCGGUUGCUGAUAAACGGUCGCUACAGAAAAGUUACUACCAGUUUAUUUCUACAAUAGUCAGCAAUGAUGUUCUUGAUGUGCUCAAAAACCAGGAAGUUCACAAUCUUCACCAGGUGUUGAUCACUAUUGUUCAAGGUGCCACCGAGUUUCCUGAUCCUUCUAGUCAGAAGACAUGUUUCAAUAUCUUGAAGAGACUUGUAGCAGCUUGGGGAGGCAAGGAUGGUUUACAAGGAUUUCCAGACUUUGUUUAUAAGAGUAUCAUUCCAGCUUGUUUCAUGGCCCCAAUGAAACCAGAGUUUGAUUUAAAAGAUGCACAAACAACACUGGCUCUUAAUGAGGCAGCAUUGUGUCUGAAAUGUGUACUGGAACAGAGGGGAGACGAAAUGAUCAACUAUCUACAGGGUGACUAUCUGCCCACACACAGACUGUCACCUGAUCAAGCACGAGAAUUCUGUGAUGCUCUCAAAUCAGAAAGCAAAUUAUUUAGGAACUAUUUUAAGACAUUCUUCACAAAGGCGAAGUCAUGACCCCGGUGAUGCACCUACACGGCAGUAGGUGACCCAACAGUAAAUACACAUGUACAGUGAUAAACUUUAAACCAGUGUUUCAUCAUAGAUUUAUUUAAUUACUAACAGUUUGACUGCAUAAAGUGAUUAACUCUUUAAUGACCAAACAUAUUUCACGAGGAUGCGUAGUUUUGAGAAUGAAGUAUAGAGUAUAUGUAAUUCAAAAGUGAUUAUUUAUAAUUCAUUUGAGAUGCAUGUGUUUGUGAUUGCUUUAAAGCGGGUAUAGUACAGUACCAGGUGCUAAGAUUCACGAGGCGAGGACAUAGCAAGAGGAGAUUUACAUGGGCAUGAACAUGAUAUGUCAUUUAAAGAUCUAAAACUUCAUGCAGGCAUUAGCUUAAUUUAUCUUGUGUUAUUAAUGUUUAUAAAAUGUUAUUUAUCAUAAAGUUCUUAAAAGAAAAAGAUGGAACUGUCCCUGCUUAAGGUAGUUCUGCACGUCUGAAAUACUGGAAGUAAUAGUGUCACUUCAUUAAUCCGGAUAACGUAGAAUAAAUCCUUGACUUGACAUAUGGAAAUGAAAACCAUUUAAUAAAUUAGUGGCAACCCAUGGGUAAAUUUAUUAAAAUGGCAACACUUGAACAGUACUGUUUUUGAAAAGAUAAAAUAUGAUAUAAUAUCAUUGACACAUUAAGUCAGUAAUGUCUGAAAACUCAACUCAGAAUGCGCAGGUCCCUCAAAUCAUUAGCAAAUAUCUCAGAAACAAGCACAGGAACCUAUACCUGUUAUUUUACCAUAUGAUAGAUAAUAUUUUUGUAUACAACUGUGAGAAUUUUCAUUAAAAUAUGCUAUGAAGAAAAAUUUCUAUUCACGAAAAAGUUAUCAAAAUUUCAUAAUUUUCCAUAGACUCCCAUUUAAAUAUGACAACUUUCAUGAGGCCAAAUUUUUCAAUCAUUCUAGCAAAAAAGCAUGUCACGGAAUCUUUUUAAUUCAAUAGAUUUUCUAGAUAUAUUCUGAAGUUUUGAAAAUCUGGGUUUAACCAAAUUCUAAGUGAUAGAAAUUACUUUGAUUGGAACAUGCAGAACUACCUUAAUGAGAAAGUGAAAUUCUUUCUUAAAAGUGUAAAAUUUGUAGUAAAUAAAGAAAUUUUGUUGUUUGCCAGGUCUCCCACUGAAUGUUCAGUUAAAAAAAUCUUCUGUCAAAACUUUGCUAGCAUUUUUUCAUGGCAUUUCAUAUGCAUGAUUUUGAAAAAGCAUUUACUGUUGACAAUGAAAAGGCAUAAAUGGAAAAAGUAUGAAAGUUUCAAACGUACAUGUAGUACUAUAAUCAUAUGUAAUACACUGCCAUAUAUUCUUUAUAACAAGAUAUUAUAGACUCUUCCUUGACAUUUUCAGAUGAAAACUCCUACAUUAAGUAUUUGGGCACCUAACUUUUAUAAUUUGAUUAUGAUAUUGAUAUAAAAAUGGAAUGUGCCAACUGAUUGCGAGAUAGUGCUAUUUGAUUUGAGAGUGUCUUGUUUAAGCUCGUGCAAGUAUCUGUUAUUUUACUUUAUUACCUAAGCAAUUGUUGUAUAUUGUUAAGUCGUAUCUCAAAUUUUACUGCACAUUUUAACCAAGCUAUGUUAAGUGGUUUCAAAUUUCUGUGUUGCAUACUGUAUGGUAAAUGUGUAUCGUGUAUCAAAUGAUUCAGGACACAUUUUUUAACACUGUCUUACCUCGAUUUUCUUCGAUCGUUAGUAAUGAUGAUGGGUUUCCCUCUAAGGUGUCGUUUUUCUCUGGAAGAUAUCCAGACCAGUCAGAUUCUGUUCAUUAUGAUUAGAAAAUAGACAGAUAUAUAACAUAUA